CCCUAAACCCUUCUCAGUUAAGUAGUGAACAAAGCAAAAAGCUUUUGCCAAAACUAGGGUUUUUGGGUGGUUCUUCUGUUUUUUGUUCACAGUUUCUUCAGCCAUGGCCAAGAGGCUUAUCCCCUUAUUGAACCGAGUUUUAAUUGAGAAGAUCGUUCCACCCACCAAAACAAGUGCUGGUAUUUUGCUCCCAGAGAAAACCACCAAGUUGAAUUCUGGGAAAGUUGUAGCAGUAGGUCCUGGUCUUCGUGAUCGAGAAGGGAACACCGUCCCUGUUAGUCUGAAAGAAGGUGACACUGUGCUUUUACCUGAGUAUGGAGGAACUGAUGUAAAGCUCGGCGAGAAAGAGUAUCUCUUAUUCAGAGAUGAAGACAUAUUGGGCAAAUUACAUGAGUAGUAUGACCAUUGCAGUAGCCAUUUAUGUGUUUUGUGGAACUCCUUGGAUCUUGGAAUGGGUUUUUGCUUUCUUCCAUUUUAUAAGCUUGGGGGAAAAUGGUGGGAUCUAAGUAUUUAGGUGAUCAAUUGAGAGUAUUUUGGCAACCAAAAUCAGUUGUAGCGGCGUAUCUGUGUUUGCGAACUGAAGCAAAAUCAGUAGAACGAUAAGACUUUAUUGGCAAAUCGAAUUGAGAAUAGUAUUUACAAUUUGUUUAAUAAUUAGGAUCCCAAUUAAUUGAGAAAAGGUUAUGAUGGUGAAUUUGUUUAGUAUC